AUGAUGGUCGUUACAAGUAAUACAAGAAUACUCGGAGUGUUUGCUUUGUGGAUCAUCUCUGUAAUCUCUCAGGCUUUCGGUGAAGCUGUGGUAGAGAUCGCCGUUAAAAGCUUCCAGAAUGGUCAUUAUGCUUAUAUGAAGGAGAGUACUGGGUUCUUGUUUCAUCAGCAAACUAAAGUCUGUUGUAACCCAACAGAGAGGUCCCCCAACUGUCACACUCCCUGUCCAAUACAGAUCAGCUUCUGUUUGAACUAUUAUCAACAAAAAUGUCAGUCUGAGAAAGUCACAUCGAAAAUAGUUCCCACCGAUCAUACUGUUACUUUCGGAGAUCACGUGGGUAACCUGACGAAUCCAGUCAAGUUAACUGUUCCCCAAUGGCUAUCCUUUACUUUUAAAGUGUACUGUAGUGAAUGUUCAUCGGGAUCAAACUGUGAAAUACCGUUCACCCCAAAUAACCACAAAAUAUGUAUCCCUGGAGGCAAGGGCAGAGUGUCUUGUGAAAAGGGGUAUCUUUAUUCUCGUAUCAGCAAGACAUGCACUAAUAUUGACGAGUGUCGCACUCUACACCCGUGUAAAAACGGCGGCAGCUGUGUUGAUAAUGGGGGCAGUUACAUCUGUGUAUGUGACGGAGACUGGACUGGUCAGAACUGUACCAAGGUCAGGAACAAAUGCCAAAGUACACCGUGCCAACAUGGCGGUACUUGUACAGAUAAUGUAGGAAGUUACACGUGUGUUUGUGCCCAGGGAUGGACAGGAAUUAACUGCGAAAAUGAUGUAAAUGAAUGUCUAUCAGGGCCAUGUGCGAACAAUGGCACAUGCAUCAAUCAUGACAUGGGGUAUUUAUGUAAUUGUACGGAGAGUUGGACAGGAUCAGAUUGUUCACAGGACUUGAAUGAAUGUCUUUCUAUACCUUGUCAACAUGGAGGAAUAUGUGAAAAUACCAAAGGUAGUUAUAUGUGUACAUGUACUACUGCAUGGGCAGGUCAGACAUGUGACGUUGACGUGGACGAAUGCAGAAACUCCCCUUGUCAGAACGAGGCAACCUGUGCAAAUAUUCCUGGUGGAUACCUCUGUAAUUGUACCGCGGGCUGGACGGGGGAAAACUGUUCACAGGAUAUUGAUGAAUGCAGCGAAGACCCUUGUCAGAACAACGGGACAUGCAUGAACAAAGACGGAGGGUUUCGUUGUAACUGUUCGGAAGGCAGGCAGGGAGUGACAUGCGGUGACGAUGUGGAUGAAUGUCAACAAAACCCCUGUUUUCACGGCGGACAAUGCUUUAACACUGUCGGCGGAUUCAUCUGUAACUGUUCUAAGAAUUGGGAGGGAGCGACGUGUUUCGAUGACGUCAAUGAGUGUCAAGCCAGUAAUCCAUGCUUGAAUGGGGCCUUGUGUCUAAAUAAUGAAGGAGGGUACCACUGUAACUGUUCAGAUGGAUACGUGGGAACUAACUGCUCUAUUGACGUAGAUGAAUGUUUAGGUUCGCCUUGCGGUUCUUAUGGUACAUGCACCAACACUAACGGUGGGUUUGUUUGCAACUGUGAUGUAGGCUGGACUGGACCAAGAUGUGAUGUAGAUUUAAAUGAAUGUGUCGUCAAUAGCGACAUCUGUUUAGGAAAUGGAACAUGUGAAAAUCUCCCUGGGGGAUUCAAAUGUCAUUGUUCUCCAGGAUGGGGAGGAAACAAUUGUGACACUGAUCUUAAUUUCUGUCACAUCCCAGAUUGGUGCAAUGCUGGUGACUGCAUUUUCGUUAACGACACAACCGUUUGCAGUUGUCCACCGACAUGGUCUGGUGACAGAUGUCAAAAUCGCACUUCGAGAUGUAUUGGCAGUCCUUGCCUUAAUAACGGAACCUGCCAAUAUAAAAAUAGCAGUGAUUUCUGCUUGUGUUCUGUAGGAUGGACUGGUUUAAAAUGUGAAGAAAACAUCGAUGAUUGCGCAUCUCGUCCCUGCAGUAAAAAUGGUAAAUGUUCUGAUAGAAUCUCUGGCUUCCUUUGCGUUUGUGACACUGGAUAUACAGGAACUACGUGUAAUGUCAAUAUCAACGAUUGUAUGGCCGACCCGUGUCAAAAUGGCGGGACAUGUCACGACCUGGUGGGCGGUUACCGGUGUGAGUGCAAGAGAAAUUACGUGGGAGCGUCUUGUGAACGAAUGACCAUGUCAUCAACAACUGCUACUGGUAACUCCUCUUUCAUAUCUACUCCAAUAACAGUGCCAACGUCAGAGGAACAUCGAACGUCUCCAUCAUACAUCGUGGUCAAAACCUCUGCUCCCGUGGAUUCUAGAACAUCACUCGAACCUUACACAAUGACUGAAUCGAAGACAUCGAUUACACAUACACCGACUGUUACCAAGUCACAGCCUAAAUCGACAAUUACCACGAAACACCACACAUCUACCGAACCAGCAAAAGGAUCGUCUUUCGAGCGGGCAACACAGGGACAAACAAGUUGGUUUGCUGACAACAAGUACAUCGUAAUCGCAGGGGCAAGUGGACUUAUAGCCGUAAUAUCUUUAACCGCUUUGGUAGUAGUGGUGUUGAAAAGGAAAAAAAGGAACUACGGUAGCAGACAAACGUCCAUUGAAUCUGACGGAAGCUUACGUUUUGACAACAAACUUUAUGGGUGUCAGUCGGAGGCGUUUGCUUAA